AUGGGAAGAAGUGUCAUUACGCUCGACGAUUUGACGCCAAACAAUUUGGGCACUUUCAAGAAAAUCAACGAGGUUUCUUUGCCCACCUCAUACCCGGAGUCCUGGUACAAAGAAUCACUCGACAGCGCUCAAAUAGUUAAACUAGCGUUUUACAAUGAACUUCCAGUUGGUGCUAUCAAAGGCAAGCUUUUUCACACAUCACACAAGCUCCCCAAUUUCGAGCUUUCAACCAAGUCCAACAUGAACACGAAGAUUGUAAUGAACGCUCUUUACCUAGAGUCAUUGGCGGUAUUGAAAGCGUACCGGAACCAGGGCGUCGCAAGUGAGCUCCUUCAAUGGAUCAUUUCUGAGGCCAAGUCAAGAUUUGUCCACGAGAUUUUCCUUCAUGUGCAUGUGGAGAAUGAUGAAGCUAUCCAAUGGUAUAAAAAGAAGGGCUUUGUCCAAAAGGACGAAGUCGUAAAAGACUAUUACAAGGAGCAAGGUUUACCUCAGCCUGACGCAGCGAUCCUUUCUAUCUCCUUCUAG